ACACACACACACACACACACACACACGCUAGCAUCCGCCGAGACGAGACUCAGUGAGCUACUAUGCUUCACGGAGAGAGGAUGGCGCCAGUCCUUAGGGUGUGUACUCGGGUCCUACAGCGAGCAUCUGCUAAAUAUGGAGUACGACACCUGUCUUCGCCCGGCGUCGCAAUGCCACCUUGUGACCACCAACCGACGCCAUAUUCUGGCCCGGCGUAUGACCACGUGAGGAAAGUCCGAAGCGACAACCUCAACCCCGCUUUGGUCACACACUUCAAGAAGCCCUUGCUGAUCCACAGUGGACACAUGCAGUGGCUGUUCGACCAUACAGGCAAGAGAUACCUGGACCUGUUUGGUGGCAUUGUCACUGUCAGUGUUGGCCACUGUCACCCAAAGGUUGUUGCUGCUGCAACUGAUCAGAUGAACAAACUCUGGCAUACGACCAACAUAUACCUCCAUCCGAAGAUCCACGAGUAUGCUGAGCGACUCACAGAAACAUUGCCUGGGGAUCUUAAGGUGGUGUACUUUGUCAAUAGCGGCUCGGAGGCCAACGACUUAGCAAUGCUAAUGGCAAGGUUAUACACAGGAAAUUUUGACAUCAUCUCUCUGAGAAAUGCAUACCAUGGAGCUUCUCCAUACACUCUGGGUCUCACUGCUCAUGGAACCUGGAAAUUCAACACUGCCAAUGGUUUUGGUGUCCAUCAUGCUUCUAAUCCUGAUCCCUACCAAGGGAUAUGGGGAGGUUACAGAGACUCCCCAAUUCAAUCUACAAGAGCUAAUGAGAGCACAGUUGUAGAUGGCGUCUGUUCCUCAGCAGAAAAGUAUGUCAGUCAGUUAGAGGAGGUCAUCAAAUAUUCAAUCCCCAAGGGAAAAGUAGCAGCUUUCUUUGCAGAAUCAAUUCAGGGUGUUGGAGGUAGUGUCCAGUUCCCUCUUGGUUACCUGAAGAAAGCCUUUGAUCUGGUGCGAGCAAAUGGAGGUGUAUGCAUCUCUGAUGAGGUCCAGUCUGGUUUUGGUCGCACAGGUGAACAUUUCUGGGGGUUCGAGGGGCAUGGUGUUGUGCCAGACAUGGUCACUAUGGCAAAGGGUAUGGGCAAUGGAUUUCCUCUUGCAGCUGUUGUAACCACGCCUGCUAUUGCCCAAACCAUGUCACAUGCACUUCACUUCAAUACGUUUGGUGGCAACCCCAUGGCUUCAGCAGUUGGUCUGUCUGUGUUAGAGACACUGAAAGAAGAUAAGACACAAGAGAAUUGCAAAGUUGUAGGUACUUACUUCCUCCAAGAACUAGCAAAACUUAGGGACGAAUACCCUACUGUGGGAGACGUACGAGGGAAGGGCCUGAUGAUAGCAAUGGAAAUGGUCUUGGAUAAGGAUUCACGUACUCCUCUUGACGCCACGACUAUGAUGGAGAUCUGGGACUCUUGUAAAGAAUAUGGUGUUAUUCUCGGAAGAGGUGGUUUUUAUGGAAAUGUUUUCAGGAUCAAGCCCCCUAUGUGUAUUACACAAGCAGAUGUUGACUUCACUGUGUCAGUUCUCCGCCAUGUCCUUAAUGAGACCAUAAAAUAAAGAGAGAGACAGCUGAA